AGCGGAAGUGCAGCUGCCGCCACCGCCACCGCCGCCGCCGAUUUCGGAGCCGGGUAGCCGCUGCUGCCGCCGCCACUGCAGCUACGGUCGCCGCCACCGCCGCUGCCGCCACCACCGCCUGAGGAGUGGGCCUGGGAAAGACGUAGUCGCCGCCCUCCGAGCCUCCCGGAAGCGCCCUUGCUCGCCACAGUCCUCCACGGAAUGACCAUGGACAAAAGUGAGCUGGUUCAGAAAGCCAAACUUGCUGAGCAAGCUGAGCGCUAUGAUGAUAUGGCUGCAGCUAUGAAGGCUGUAACAGAACAGGGUCAUGAACUCUCCAACGAAGAGAGAAAUCUGCUCUCUGUUGCCUACAAGAAUGUGGUAGGUGCCCGCCGUUCUUCCUGGCGUGUCAUCUCCAGCAUCGAACAAAAAACAGAGAGGAAUGAGAAGAAGCAACAGAUGGGCAAAGAGUACCGUGAGAAGAUAGAGGCUGAGCUGCAGGACAUCUGCAAUGACGUACUGGAGCUGUUGGACAAAUAUCUCAUUCCCAAUGCUACACAGCCAGAAAGCAAGGUGUUCUACUUGAAAAUGAAAGGAGACUAUUUUAGGUAUCUGUCUGAGGUUGCAUCUGGAGACAAUAAACAAACCACUGUGUCGAACUCCCAGCAGGCUUACCAAGAAGCAUUUGAAAUUAGUAAGAAAGAAAUGCAGCCUACACACCCGAUUCGACUUGGCCUGGCACUGAAUUUCUCAGUCUUUUACUAUGAGAUUCUAAAUUCUCCUGAAAAGGCCUGCAGCCUGGCCAAAACGGCAUUUGAUGAAGCAAUUGCUGAAUUGGAUACACUGAAUGAAGAGUCUUACAAAGACAGCACCCUGAUCAUGCAGCUACUCAGGGACAAUCUCACUCUAUGGACGUCAGAAAACCAGGGUGAUGAAGGAGAUGCUGGAGAGGGAGAGAACUAAUGUCUGUCAUGCUUUGUGAUCUGUUUGGUGUCACUCUGUAUCCUCCACAUUAUAUCCCUUUGUGCGAUAAACAAAAAAAAAUCGAAUAUUGACUUUCGAUUUUUCACAGCCUAAGCCUAGCAAAAAUGGUCCCUGGGAUAAACAGCUGGUAUUUGUAUCUGAAACUCAGACUGGUCCCUUAAAUGCCACGGCAUUUCUGAAGUCUUGAUUUUGAUCAACAUUGACAAGGAUUGCUGUGUGUUUAAUUUUUACAAACUGAACACUGUGAUUAUGUGGUUUUGUAACUUAGCAAAGCUUUUACUGGUAGGAAAAGUAGACCUGAAUUAUGUAUAACUUUUUAGAAAGUUUAAUCUGAUGUCAAAAUAGUCACUGAAUACAACUCUGUUGUAAAGGUGUAUAGAAAGUUGUAGAGACUCUGUUGUGAUGCCAGGACUUAGGGUGAGAUGCUCACCAUUGGCACCUGAGUUUGGUAACUCAUGGUAAUUUUGCCUGUGGUUGAGGGCUUAUUGAUCAGUAUGUGCUGUUGCCACUCAAGUUCAUGACCACAGAUUUCUUCAGUGUCUUUUCCUGAGGAAACUCAAACCAGAAAGUGAAAUUCCUUGGCUGAUAAUUGGGCUGUGAUACCACAAAAAAAGGUCCCGCUCAUACCACAUGUGUGAUUAAACCCUUUACUGCAUCAGUGUGCUCCUGAUUAGCAACUUGUGAAAACAGAUCUGUUUCUGUUACCCCCUGGCUAAAGGACAGAGAGAGCUAGAAUGGUGUAUCUUAUAAAUGGCCAUACCAGCUUGCUGGAUGAUUCCUUUAAGGAUAAUGUUCUGAGGAGACGGUCUCAUGCCUGUGGGACACUCACAGUCUUGGGGUUCUUCCUAGCUUGGAGGGUGGGAACUGUUGACUUCGCUUCUUUCUCUUUAAAUGUACAGCUUUCUGCUUCCUUGGGUGUUUUCUUUUGGAAGCCUUUCUUUGUUGUUACUGUAUAGACAGGGAUGAGGCAUUGAGCACAGUUCACGGUGUUAGGAAGGAAGGCCCACUAGCACCAUCGCCCUGUCCUCCAGUUCUUAGCACAGUUGUUCUUUAUACCAUGACUCAAAUCAAAAAAGUAUUAAGUAUCCAUGAUUUCUCCCUAUUGCAACCAGCCCUGAUAAUGCUUGUUUAGUACCUGGGACCAGACCUUCCCAGUGUACUCAUCCAGCUUAGUUCUCAGACUUGUCUAAACAAGACCCCAUAACCCAGGGAAGUUGCAUGGACACUACAAUAGAGAGAACCAAGAACAGUCAGGCCUGUCAGUCUCACAGGAUCACCCCUCUACCUUGACAUUCCAUGUAGCUGUAGAGUCCGUCUGUUUGUCCAUCUGCUGAAAUGAGAAAAGAACUCAUGCACUGAUUUAAAACCAAAAAUAAAAAAAAAAACAAAAACAAAAAAAACACCAAAAAAAAAAAAAUCCUUUCUAGCUGAAGAAAAAUGUGCAGUUAAUACUUGGCGCUUGACCACGCAGUAGUGAGUGUGAAACCAAGCCUGUCUGUAUAUCUGGUAGCUCUUUGCUUUGUUUUUUUCCUUACCAGUAUUCUGCCUAACAUUUGCUUCCGUGGUGGUUAUAUUUGCCUAGCAAGCACACCUGUGGUUGUGAAAAUAGUAUAGCAAAAAGAAAAAGAAAAUCCCCGAUGUACUAGAUUCGUGUAUAUGUCUUUUAAACAUUCUAGUUUUACCUUACACGGAGUAAUCAGGAAAAUGUAAAAACUCAAAAGUGAAAUAAAACAUUUUAUGAGUUAGUUGCCUGUGGAAUGAUGUGUUACCACUAUCUGUCACUCAGGACUAUUCUGACCACACCUAUUUGGGGCUUUUUCUUUUUUUCUUUUUUUUUUUUUUUUUUUAAUAAAAAAGUAGUUUUAUUUAACCCUUUAGAGGCAACAGUAAAAAUGUGUAUGGCUGUUUCUGUCACAUUGGAUGUGAUCAUUGCCAUCUUGAACCAGAGCAGCUGUGAUCACCUUUGCAAGGCUCUCACCAGAAUGGGCACAGUUUUAGGUUUGGUUCUUUUUGGGUUAUUUUGUUGUUUUUGUUUUGAGGUUUUGGGGGGGCAGGACAUAUUUCAUAAGAUUACAUAAGCCUUGGCUGCCAAUGGGCACAGACAGCAACAUGGCUGGUGCCAUAACUGCUUUUAAAUGGUGCAGGGGACUUGACAGUGAUGUGGCUGCCUUUGAACCUGCCCAUGCUCCUUACUGUCAAUACCCCAAUAAAACUUAACUGGUUUGCCAAACUGGA